GAUGGUGACAAGUUCUGGAGAAUGCCGGAGUGCUAUAUUCGAGGGUCAACUAUUAAGUACCUUCGACUUCCUGAUGAAGUGAUUGAUUUGGUAAAGGAAGAGGUGAUAGCAAGAGGACGAGGUAGAGGUGAAAGUAGAGGUCGUGGUGGUCCAGGAAGAGGACGUGGAGGUCCUGGUAGAGGUGGUUUUGGAGGCCGUGGACGUGGUGGCCCACCUGGGGGAGGACGUGGAGGCCCAGGACGUGGAGGCAUGAAGAAAAAAGAAGGAUAUAAAUAGGAUUAUUUCUUAAAUAUAGGCAGAACUCUGAAGAGGUUUUUUCACACUUUUGUUAAAGAGAUUGCAAAUCUCUUGGGCUGAUAUUGUUCGUAUAUUAUCAUUUUGUACCAUACUUCACUGUUCUACGUCAAUAGCAAAUUAAACUUUAUUUUUGUGAUUUUUAACUAAAUAACAAUAAUGCAGAUUUGUUCUACCAUCAUUCUUGUGAGAAGUUUGAUCCAUAACAAUGGGAUUAUGAUUUUCUUCUGAGUAUGUGAGUUUAGAAAGAGAGAAACAGUUUGUUAUUGUGAAUAGUCACAGUACAGUUUGAUGUUGCAUGAUGGAGUGAUCUUGUAUUUGAAUGUUACAUUUGAUAAAAGUGAACCAUUACUUUGACAGUUUUAAGUUUCAAUAAUAAACAGAACAUAUUUUGAAGUUUUCACCACAUUCACUGUCUGAUUUUGUAGAAAUUGUUUGACUGUUGAAAGGAAAAUAUUAUAAAAUAUUGAACCAUAAAGACUCCCAUUUGUUUUUAUAAUAAAUCAAUUAAACAGUA